AUGGCCGAAACAAAGAAAACCACCAAACGAAUAAUGAUAUGGGCUCACCCCCGAACACGAUCAACCAUUUUGGAAAUGUGUUUGGCGGCUCAACCAACAAUCAAAGCGUUUCACGAACCAUAUAUUUUUGUCGAUUUGUUCGCUGCAGAUAGGGUUAUUGACCCUGACUUUCCAUGUAUGUCUGAUUUAACGAAGGCGGAGGUCCAGAGAAGACUGGAGGCCGACUACGAAGGCUACGACACUGUUUUGGCUAAAGAUAUUCCGGUAUCUAUCGUGAAUGACAUGCAGUACUUUCCGCGAGGAUUCAUCCAUGCAUUCAUUAUAAGACGACCGGAUAAAGCCAUUCCAUCUCUUUAUGAGAAAGUCAAUGGUUUGAGUAGCAUAGUUGAUUGGUUGAAAGAUCCCAUCACGACCACAUCGAAAUUGGUACCAUUAGACGCCGUGUUGAGCGUUGCUAAGUACGUAAAAGAUGAACUUGGCCAAAAACCCAUAAUAGUUGACGGAGAUGACCUCGCAGCCGCACCUGCAGCUACAUUACAAAAAUUUUGUAGCGAUGUAGGCAUUCCUUUCUCCAACUCGAUGUUGAAAUGGAAGCCCGGGAAUGGUGAUCCAUUUGUUAAUGAACAUAUAAUGGGAUCGCCUGUUUAUGACGCGGUUUAUAAGACAGCAACGGAAUCUACCCAUUUCAUUGUGCAGAAAAAGGAUGAAAACAACAGGCCACUACCCAGCGAUCUGCCAAUUGAAAUGGUCAAGCUCAUUGAACAAUCUAAACCUAUCUAUGAUGAAUUAGUGAAACUAAUGAAAUGA